CAGUCUAGAGUCAAAUCCUGGUUCUACCUGUGAACUGGACCCUCAGGAAAGUUACUUAUCAUAGUGAAUAUUUGUUGAAUUUUAACUUGGCUUGUUUCCCCAUCGGUAAAUGAAGGGGUGGGGGUGCUUGCUUGGCUAGAUAGACUUUAGUCAGGCAGGCUCCUUCCAGCUGUGACCCUGGGUAAAUUACUUCCCCUCUCGGGGCCUCAGUUUCCUUAUCUAUAAAAUUCAGGUCCUUUCCACGUACAGUCUAGAUACGAUAGUAAAGAGAGCUCCAGGCCUGAAGGGGCUGAGGAGCCCACCGAGCCCGGCCUGCCUUACUCGGCUUGUCCCUCUUCACACCCAGUUGAGCCAAGGAUGCUCUCUGGCCCCGCCUAUCACUGCUGUCGUGCCUGUCGGAGGGUCCCGCCCUCUUCCCUACGGGCCUCUGCCCGCAGCUUCCCCGGAAGUCGGUUUUUCAAAUGGACCCUGUUACAGCGGUUCCCGUCCGCCGCAAGAGCGGCGGGGAGAGGGCGGAGGCGGGACUUCCCGUCUCUUAACCCAGUAGCUUCCGGCACGAGCCGGAAGACCCGGUCCUGGAAGGAAUCAGGGGCUCCUGGUGCCCCCCCGCCCCGCCUUCCCCGGACGGGCAGCUCAGACCCAGUGAGAAUUCCAGCCAUGGAACCACCUGAUACCACCCUCAUUGAAGGCGUGGGCAAUGAGGUGACAGUGGUGGUGGGUGUGGUGGUGCUGGUGUUGGCCCUCAUACUGGCCUGGCUCUCCACCUACGUGGCAGAUGCUGGCAGUAGCCAGCUCCUGGGCACCAUUGUGGCAGCUGGUGACACCUCUGUGCUCCGUCUUGGUCAUGUGGAACACCUGGUCGGGGGGCCAGGCACCUCAGAGCCAGCUGAGCCCACCCAUCUUGAAGAGGGUACUGAGGAUAAAGCUGAGGAGGAAGGUGGGGGGGACUCAGCAGGUGAGCCUGGUGCUGGGGGUGGGGUUGAGCCAGGCCUCGACCACCUGCUUGACAUACAGGGGUUGACUAAUCGGGCAUCUAGUGGUGAGAGCAACAGUCCAGAAGCUUCCCUGAGGUCUGAGGGUAGCACCCACCUUCUGCCUAACCCUGGCCUCAUCAACGUUCGGCUCAAAUUCCUCAAUGACACAGAGGAGCUGGCUGUGGCCAGGCCUGAGGACACCGUGGGCACCCUCAAGAGCAAAUACUUUCCUGGGCAGGAGACUCAGAUGAAACUGAUUUACCAAGGCCGCCUGCUGCAGGAUCCAGCUCGAACUCUGCGAUCCCUAAACAUCACUGACAACUGUGUAAUCCACUGUCACCGAUCACCCCCAGGGUCAACAGCCUCCAGCCCCUCUGCACUGCCCACCUCUCCCACCACAGAGCCGCCAGGUCUCAGCGUCAAUGUGGGCAGCCUCAUGGUGCCUGUAUUUGUGGUGCUGCUGGGUGUAGUCUGGUACUUCCGUAUCAACUAUCGACAGUUCUUCACAGCACCUGCCACUGUCUCUUUGGUAGGCGUCACUGUCUUCUUCAGCUUCCUGGUUUUUGGGAUGUAUGGACGAUAAAGACACCAUGAGGGUGGGAAGAAGAGCCACAGUCUUCCUUCCCCUCCCUAUUUCCCUGCCCAGAAUUGGGUGCCAAGGACCCCGGGGCCAGUGGUGGUCAGUAAAAGGGAUGUGGGCCCUCCAUGGGAGGUAGGCACAUGCCCUCAGCUCUACCCCCAAGCAGGGUGACCAUGCCCCUUCCCUGCCCAGUAACAACUCUCAGGUAGAAAUGAGGACUCCCACCCCCUCCCCCAAAGACACACACCUGAUGCCAGUAUGAGUGAUUGCCCUCCCCUUGGGUGGGCUCUGUGCUGAUGGUCCCACUUGGUAGAGGUGCAGGCUCAAAGGUGACCCUAGAAUAUAGAGGGGGGGCCCUGCCAGCCACCCCCAUUUCUUGUGUGCCAUCAGCUUUGCACGCACUGGAGCCUCUGGCCUGUCCAGCUUCCUGCAUGGCUGCUCUCUGUAUUGGGCAGCCAGCUAGAGGAGCAUAGCAGUAUCCACAGCAUGCUUCUGCCAGGGGCAAUGGGGCCCCUGUGCCUAGUCAUCAACCACACCACCUCCUCUUGUUUCUAUGGUCAAGUCAAUAGUUUCUUUCCAAGAUGGCCAAAUCUAGUCUGUUUCAGGAACGGGGUGGGCAGGGCCAAGGUACCUCCUUGGACCAGCUCUUCUCCUCAGCCCCUUGGCCCCAAGUAGUGAUAGUAGGAUGGUUCUCAUGUUCUGAAAUUUCCAAGGUUCUCCCCUUUUCAAGAGCACUUUGCUUGCGUACUUGUUUUUUUACAAAGCCCUUUACAGUUGAGACAAAACUCUGGGAGUCAGAGGCGAGACCCUAGGAUCAAGAAGUGCAGGAAUAGGGCUAGGACUGCUACUGCCUCAAAUCCAAGGCCAGGGCACCGUGAAGAACUAUCUGCACUAUCAUGCCCUCUAUGGUUGAAAUAACUGCCUGUGUGGCAUGGAGACUUCUGCCCCUGUGGCUCCUGACUCGAUGCCCACUGCCUGUGAUUGAAUAAAGUUCUACUUUUGUGGCCAGCCUUGGUCACUCAAAGUU